AUGGGAUUCUCAUUUGAUUUAAUUAAUUUAGCUUGGGAAAAUUGUGAUUCAGAGUCAGAAAUGGUGAACACGCUCUUAAUUUGGUCAGGUUAACUAUAAUAGAGUUAGAAAACCGGAAUUAAACAAGACGAAGACUCUCUUAUAGCAUUCUAUUAGCUUGAAUCACAAGAGAAUAAUUAGUCGACAGAAUUUCAAAUAAUCUUGCCUUAACAGAGAAUGAGAGUGGAUGGAAUACCAUGCGGGUUAAAAAAUGUUGGGAAUACUUGUUAUUUUAAUAGUCUGAUGUAGAUAUAUUUCUUUAACAGUCAAUUCGUUAAGAAUAUCAUGGCUUUCUAACCUCCAGAAAAAAACGGGGAUGGCAACUUUAUUAAAUCAACAUAUUUGGUAUAAAAGCUAUAAAAUCUUUUCGCACGAAUGAUUGGGAGUGACAAAAGGUAUGCAGAUCCAGGCGAAGUUUUCAUGUUUAUAUGUGACCAUUUAGAAAAUCCAAUCCCGAUUAAGAGUUAAAACGAUGUAGGGGAAUUUAAUCAUUAUUUCUUAAGUAGGAUUCAAGAAGGUCUAACAUAAAAAGAACAACAAAAUAAUCAAAUUAGAGAUAGCCAGAUUGAAUCUUCUUCUUCAUCAAUAUUAAAGUCAAGGUCCUCUAUUAUUCAGCAUGAUGACAUUGUCUCAUAAUUGUUUUUUUGUCAGGUAUAUACCUAAAUUAAGUUUGAACAAUAAGGUCUUCCCUAAAUCAGGGAAAAAAAUGAGCUUUUCAAUUGGAUUCCACUUAAUAUAAAAGAUGGAAAUUUAUAUGAUAGUUUUGAAAGAUUCGUUGUUAAUCAUUUAGAUGAUUUCAAAAAUGAUUAGAGUGAAUCUGUUAAGGCUGUUCAAUACCAUUGGAUAUCCUCUCCACCUUAAACACUAUCAUUUCAACUUUAAAGAGUUCAAUUUCUUAAAGAAGAAGGCAAAUCAAUCAAAUUAAAUGAUGAGUUUACUUUUGAUGAAGAAAUCUAUAUAGAUCGCAUUUUAAAGUAAAAUCAAAAGAUAUUUCUAAAUAUAUUAGAUUAAAAAAAAGAAUUAAAUUCCUAAUUAAUGUAGAUUAAAAUGUAAUAAUAAAUAAAUGAAUAUAAUGAUCAGAAAGUUAUAUAGAAUGUGAUAGCAAGUACAAUUUAAUUUAUUGUUAUGUAAAACAAUGGAAACUAAAAUCAUGAAUUGGAUAAUGAAAAAAUAUAAUAAUUCCACGAAUAAUAAAUGUCCUUUAAGUAACAAUAACUCUAAUAACAAAUUAAUGAGAUUGAAAUGCAAUUACAGACUAUUUAGAAUAAUUAUGAUGAUUUAAAGGAAUACAAAUAUGUACUCUAAUCUAUUCUUAUGCAUAUUGGUUCAGCAGAUUGCGGGCACUAUUACACUUAUAUCAAAGAUUUUGGGCUUAAUAAAUGGUUUAAAUUCAAUGACAUUGUAGUUUAAGAAGUGACUAAAGAGAAGGUAUUUUAAGAUGCUUUCGGAAAAAAUAAAGGAGAGAAUGCAUAUAUAUUAAUCUAUACUAAGGCAAAUAAUAUGGAACAAGAAAUGCAGUCCUAGAUGAGAAACUACAGAAUAAGCUCGUAAUCUCAAUAUUUAUAGGACAUUUAUGGAAGUUUCCUUAAUAAAAAGUAAAGAGAAGAAUUAAACAAAGAGAAUUUAUAGCUUUAAAAAGAAAUAGGCCAGCAUUAACUUUCAUUAAUAGAAUAAUUAAUGGAAUCUUAUUAAUAGCGAUUUAAUUUUAUUAAUGAGCAAUAUACAUAAAUAUCUACCUCUUGGUAAUAAGUAAAAUUAUAGCCUUUGAUUAUGUUGAACUAUCCAAUCUAUAUUAAGAGCAAAAUGAAUUUAAUCAAUUAGGGUGAUUAUGAAAAUAUAUUAAAAUGGGUAGUGAUAGAGUAGGCAUUUACAGAUGUGAAUCCAGAUAAAUAAGGAGUUUAAGGGAAUAAUACAUAAAUAACCAAUGAUUUAUAAAACUUAAUUUUGAAGAAAUUUAUUGAACUCAAUAACCCAUUAGAAUUGCUAAGUCAAAAAUAAAUAAAUGAGAAGUAAUAAUUGCUUUAGGAAUACCGUAACUAUAUUUAAAUGGCUUCCUUGGCCUCUAUUCUGUUUGAUAAGAUCUUAUCCAAAAAUUUUAUAAGUGCAUUAUCAAUUCUACAUCAAUUGUAAUUAAUUGUUAAAUAAUCGAAUUAAAUAGGGUAUUUUCAUGAAUUAGUGUUAUAUUUAUAAAGUUUAAUUCCAAUAAUAAUAAUUAGCAAAAUGAUUCCUGUGUAAGAAAUAGUAAAUUUGCAAGAAUUGGAGUUACUCCAAACAUAUUUCGCAAUUUAGAAUUUGAAGUAUUAAAUACCAACCCCAAUAUCCGAAAUAUAGAUUUAAAUAAUAAUGAAUGCAAUCUAUGAAAAUCAUAAAGAACCAUAAAUUCAGAAAUUUAUUGAUUAAUUUUCCAAUUCAAAUUUAAAUCCAAAAUUAGUAGAAUAGAUUGAUAAGAUUAGUGAUGAUGUAAUUACCGAACAAAAAUAAUUAAGCGCUCAUUAUGAUAUUUACAAUUGGUCUCUUCAUUAGAAGUCAGAUAUUUUAUUUGAUAAGUUGACCACAAAUGGGAUUGAUUUGAAAGCCAAUUUUAAAAAAUAUAUCAAAAUAUACAAGAAAGCGGUUGUUAAAAAAAAAACUUUGAUGAAAGAAGAAAUAGAAGCUUUAUUAGCUUGA